AUGAAAGCAUGGGAGAUAACAAAAUUUGGAAAAGCUUUAAGUCUUACAAAUAGACAAAUUCCAAUUAUUAGAGCUGGAAAUGAAAUUUUAGUAAAAGUUAAAGCCGCUAGUGUAAAUCCUAUUGAUGUUCGUAUGACUGAAGGAUAUGGAAAUGAGUUACUAUCUAAAUGGAGACAAUUACAUGAAAUGUCAUUCACUCCUUUUAAUAGAUUACCAUUAAUAGCUGGUAGAGAUUUGUCUGGUGAAAUUGUUGAAGUAGGUAAUAAUGUUACUGAAUUUAAAGUUGGAGAUGAAAUAAUUGCUACAGUUCCUGAUACAACAAAUGCGGUAAAAAAACCUAGUAAUGUUAGUCAUGUUGAGGGUGUUGCUUUAGCAUAUACAACAGCAACUGCUUGGAAUUCAUUAUGUUGUGUUGGUCGAUUAAAUUCUGAAAAUGCAAAAUAUAAUCGUGUUUUGAUACAUGGUGGGUCAGGAGGUGUUGGUAUUUCUGCUAUUCAAUUGUUAAAAGCAUUGAAUAUUGAAAAAGUUGUGGCAACAGCAUCUGAAGCUAAUCUUGAUAUAAUUAAAAAUUUAGGUGAUGAGGGUCCAUUUGAUAUUAUAUUGUCAUGUGUUGAUACAGAAUUAUCAAGAUGGAGUGACAAAUGUAUGGGUAUAUGGAGAAAUUGUAUUCAUUUAAGUCUUGUAUCACCAAUGCUUCGUGAUAGUGAUAGAUAUGGAAUACCACUUGGUUUAUUAUCAACUGGGUUUAAAUAUUUUGAAAGAAGUUUUAACUCAUUAAAAAAUGGACGUUGGUACUCGUAUAGUUUUUUUAUGCCAAAUAAAGAGUGUAUGAAUUUUUAUGGUAAUGCUUUAGAAAGUGGAAAAAUGAAACCAAUAAUUGAAGAAGAGAUGUCUUUUAUGGAUAUGCCUAAGGCAUAUGAGAAAGUAGGUAAACUUCAUGGUAGAGGUAAAACAGUAGUAAAUUUUGAGCUUUAA